CUUUAAGUACCUACCUUAAUUUUUAGUAACUAUUUACUAUUGUAUGAAAUAUAAGUGAACAAUUGUUCGAUGAAAUUAUACACCAGUCACGCAUUAAUGCGAAAUAUCAUUAACUGAAUGGAAAUAGUGUUGAAACAUUGAGAAACAAUAUGGAUGCAACUGAAAUAAAAAACAACAAAGUUUCUUUUAACGUAGUGCCCAUCACAGAUAAUGAUAAAGAAACUUUGAAGAAUUUCUUAAGACAGUAUUUUUUUCGUGACGAACCUUUAUCCGCGAGCUUAAACUUGAUAGAAGAAGAAGAAUCAGUAAUACAAUUUGAAAACUUUUGCAUUGAUUUAUUACAAUUUGGAGUAUCGUUUAUGGCAGUAUCUGCAGAAACAGGUGAUAUAAUAGGUGCCGUGUUGAAUAGUACAGUGUGCAGAGGUGACAAAAUAAAACAUUACAGUGACAAGAAUAAUGAUAAAAGUUUAAAAUAUAAUGAAAUCAUGAUUAUCUUAGAAAAGGCUGAACGAGAUAUUGAUUUUUUUGGCCAGUAUCCAAAUAUAGAACGUUUAAUGAAGUUAGAGAUUAUUACAGUAAAUGAAGCAUACAGAGGACAAGGGAUUUGCAAAGCCCUCGUUAAAAAAUCUAAAGAGUUGGCAUUGAAGUUAGGAUAUCAAAUGAUUAGUGUGGAGUGCAGCAGUAAAUUCACUAAAAUGGCUGUUGAAAGAUUUGGAUUUCAAUGUAUAUAUUCGAUAUCUUAUUCAGAUUACGUGAACAAGCAAGGCGAGGUGGUGUUCAAGACACAGCCUCCUCAUAAAUACUUUAAAGUCCAUGCAUUACUUCUUUAAAAUAUUUUUAAUACCUUAUUAUACACCGGUUAAACCCGAAAAGUAGUGUAUCCAUAACAAUAUACAGAUUAUAGAUUAAACGUUAAAAUAAUUA